AUGGCGGGAAAUAAUAUCACAGACAAUAAAUAUGUGAAUGCUGAGGAAUUUGACAUUUAUGUUCUUGACAUGGGUUUUGGUGAAGUGGGUAAAGAGCCCAUUGAUAAUGUUCAUUUCUACAGUAAGAAUGAGCCAAACAAAGCCUUCAAGCUGGAGAAGUACCAGGUCUCCAGUCUCAAACCAAAAAGGUUUCAUGAAUAUCUCGUGAGGGUGUACUACAAGAAAACUGAUGGCAGUUAUCAGAAGAUUCAGCAGAAAGCAGAGAAGAGAUUCCAUGAGUGGUGCGAGAACAGUGAGUUCAUUGAUUCAGUGGUGCCACUGCGGCCCCAUUAG